CCCCCAGUCCCCGCGUCCCCGGCGCCGCCGGCCCGGAGCUGCCCGGAAGUCUCGGUUCCGCCGCCGGCGCUCGCCAGGGGAAGCCCGGGGCAGCCCGGGACCUCGGCCCCCUCCUAAGGACCCGAGAGGCCGACGCACGGGCUGCCGCUCCAGAUGCUGCUGCUGCCGCCGCGGCCACCCCACCCUCGGUCCUCCUCUCCGGAGGCCAUGGACCCACCGCCCCCCAAGGCUCCCCCUUUUCCCAAGGCGGAAGGCCCCUCCUCCACGCCUUCCUCGGCGGCGGGGCCCCGACCCCCGCGGCUGGGCCGCCACCUCCUCAUCGACGCCAACGGGGUCCCCUACACAUACACGGUGCAGCUGGAGGAGGAGCCCCGGGGCCCGCCCCAGCGCGAGGCGCCCCCAGGAGAGCCCAGCCCUCGCAAGGGCUACAGCUGCCCGGAGUGCGCCCGUGUCUUUGCCAGCCCUCUGAGGCUGCAGAGCCACCGCGUGUCGCACUCGGACCUCAAGCCCUUCACGUGCGGCGCCUGCGGCAAGGCCUUCAAGCGCUCCAGCCACCUGUCGCGGCAUCGCGCCACGCACCGCGCCCGCGCCGGGCCGCCGCACACCUGCCCGCUCUGCCCACGCCGCUUCCAGGACGCCGCGGAGCUGGCGCAGCACGUGCGCCUCCACUGAGCUCGAGACCCGGCCUGUGCUGCCCUGCCCCUCUCAGGGCCACCAAGUCUGACCCACACAGCGUCACUCACUCCCACACACACCCCCCGGCUCUGCUGAGGUUACUGCCUUACCCCGGGCCUCAGUUUCCCCACCUUCCAAAGGGAGGCGCAUCAUUCUUUCCUUAUCCCCUUUCUAGCUGUGUGAUGUAGACCAAAGUCGUUGCCCCUCCCUGGACCCGGGAACCAGUCGGAACUGCGUUCCGGUCCAGCUGUGCUGUGUGAACUUUUGCAAGUGACAUGACCUCUCUAAGCCUUGGUCUCCUGCCCUCUGGAGCGGUGAGCCGGUGGCUGUCAGCGGGGAAGAGAUGAUAAAGAGCGCGGGCACGGUCUGGUUCAUUUCUGUAUCUACCCCCCUUCCGCCCACGCUCCCUACCCUUCGCUCAAUAAACAUUCCGCAUUCCA